GUGUAUGGUUUAGAAAAUACACUCAGAAGGAAGCAGUUGAGUUGGGACUUGUUGGAUGGGUAAGGAAUACAGACACAGGAACGGUCGAAGGAGUUGCCCAAGGAGAGAAAGACAAAAUAGACCCAUUCAAAUAUUGGCUUCAAUAUAAGGGCUCACCGCAUUCUCGAAUUGACAAAGCAAACUUCAAAUUGAGUGAGAUUGUAAGAUUAGAAUUCGAGGAUUUCAGUGUUAAACCAUAA